UGAAAUAUUCUGUGAUUGAUCUCCCUCUCCUCUCUUUCCCCCUCUUAAUCAAUUUCGAUCUCUGUCCAAUUAAUUCCAAUUUAUUUGGGUUCUCUCUCCACAGUCCAUAAUCCAUGGAGAAUGAUGACGUCAAAUUGGGGUCUGCCGGCGGACUCAAAUCCAACAACAAUAAGAACGUCAGCGAACAAGAACAAAACCCUUGUUUGAAUGAAUGCGAAGAACGAGGAGAAGAAGUAAAUAGUGAGCCUUCGCAGGAACAGGAGGUGGAUCCUUCCUCCUCACCUCCUGUUCCCCUGCCUUCAAGAACUCCCUUCAGUAAUCUCAGUCAGGUCGAUGCCGACCUAGCCCUUGCUCGAACCCUCCAAGAACAGGAAAGGGCAUACAUGAUGCUACGAAUGAACAAUGAAGGUAGUGAUUAUGGAAGUUGGGAAGCUGGAAGUUAUGUGCAUGAGGAUGAUAAUGAUUUCAAUGAAUUUGACGACGAUGCUGAUGAGGAACAAUAUGAUGGAACUGAGGUUGACAGUGAUGAAGAUGCAUUUGAUUUGCAUGCUCAAGAUGAUGCUGGAGAGGAUGAUAACCCCAGUGUCGAAUAUGGUCCGGCUGUUUUUUCAAGUGAUGAGGCCUAUGCAAGAGCCCUGCAAGAUGCUGAAGACAGAGAGAUGGCCGCUAGACUGAUGGCACUUUCUGGGAUCAAUGACCGUGAAGUAGAGGACACAGAGGAACAUGGUGGUAACUCUCAGGAUACAUGGGAGGAGAUUGACCCAGAUGAACUUUCAUAUGAGGAGUUACUUGCAUUGGGCGAAGUUGUUGGAACUGAGAACAGAGGGCUCUCAGCUGAUACUAUCGCCUCAUUGCCUUCAGUAAGCUACAAGACAGGAAGCAGCCAGAAUGGGAGCAAUGAGUCGUGUGUCAUUUGUCGGUUGGACUUCGAGGAUGGUGAGAAUUUGACAAUACUAUCCUGCAAACAUUCCUAUCAUUCUGAGUGCAUAAAUAAUUGGUUGACAAUAAACAAGAUCUGCCCUGUUUGCAGCGCUGAAGUUUCCACAUCUGGAAACAGCUAGCAGAAUUUGUGGACCAUCUUUACUUGCAAAUCUAAACGACCAUUUGUACAAGUCGGUGCACAAGGGUUAGAGUAGAGCCCUUGUAUUGUUAUUCAUAUUGCGGUCUCCUUCACUUACGAAAAUGUUCUAUCCAACCAUUAAGAUUAGAUUACAAUGCUUGUAUUAUAUGAGAAACAUUGUGGUCAGGUUUUGGUUACUUGUAAGUUUUCUGGAUUACCCUUAUGAUACAAGAUGAUGGUCAAUUAUUUUCCCCAGUACUUUUCUAUUUGCUAUUGAAAUUUGUAAGCCUGUAAGUUUUCUGGAUUACCCACCCUCUUGAUACAUUCCGACUCCUAUUUUA